AUCCCCCUCAGACUGGGCCUGUCACAGCGGCGCAGCGAGAGUCGGCGUCCGGUUGUGCGGAGGAGACUGUGGAUGGAAGCGGCCGCCUGACUGAGUGACUGAACCCCCGGCCAUGCCCGUCUCCAGCCCCGGGUGAGCCAUGUCCUCCAGCGGUUAUACCGACCUGCGGGAGAAGCUGCAGUCACUGUCCCGGGAUCCCCCCCCUCAGCAGCCGCUGCCUCCUGCUAUGAAGAAACGGAAGCAGCCGGCGUCCGAUACGGAGGAGGAGGGGGCGGUGUCCGACACGGAGGAGGAGGAGGCCCGCAAGGUGCGCUCCGGGGUCCGCCAGAUGCGGCUCUUCUCCCCGGAGGAGUGUUCCCACAUCGAGGCCAAGAUAGACGAGGUGGUGUCCCGGGCCGAGAAGGGUCUGUACCGGGAGCACACGGUGGACCGGGCGCCCCUGCGCAACAAGUACUUCUUCGGGGAAGGCUACACGUACGGGGCGCAGCUGCAGAAGCGAGGCCCGGGCCAGGAGCGGCUCUACCCGAAGGGCGAAGUGGACGAGAUCCCGGGCUGGGUGCACGAGCUGGUGAUCCGCCGCCUGGUGGAGGCGCGCGUCAUCCCGGACGGCUUCGUCAACAGCGCGGUCAUCAACGACUACCAGCCGGGCGGCUGCAUCGUCUCCCACGUGGACCCCAUCCACAUCUUCGAGCGGCCGAUCGUGUCCGUGUCCUUCUUCAGCGACUCCGCGCUCUGCUUCGGCUGCAAGUUCCAGUUCAAGCCCAUCCGGGUGUCCGAGCCCGUGCUCUUCCUGCCGGUCCGCCGGGGCAGCGUCACCGUGCUCAGUGGAUACGCGGCUGACGAGAUCACGCACUGCAUCCGACCACAGGACAUCAAGGAGCGGCGCGCCGUCGUGAUACUUAGGAAAACAAGAACAGAAGCUCCUCGGCUGGAAAUAAAGUCCCUGAGCAGCGGCUAUAACCCUGAGAGGUUAUCCGGAAGUAACAGGCAGCAUAUCCUGAAACCAAAGCGGUCCCACCGCAAGGCCGACCCAGACGCAGCCCACCGACCUCGCAUUCUGGAAAUGGACAAAGAGGAGAACAGAAGGUCUGUGCUUUUACCAAAACCGAGCAGACGAAGCAACUUCAGCUCUGAGAACUAUUGGCGGAGGCCUUAUGAUUAUGUGGACAACUAUACAGACACGGGAGAGGACGAGGACAGCCCAGUCCGCAAAGUAAAAAUGAGGCGACACUGAGAGCUCUUCCAGGACUCUGCUCCCCCCUCCCCCCGCUCGGUGGAUUGUGGAACUAAAUAAUAUAUAUAUAAUUUUUUUUGUUUUUUGUUUUUCCCCUCCACCACCAACACGGCUGCACUGGAAAAGCCCAGUCCUGUCUCUUCUAAGUCAAUGCAACGUGCCCUGGAUCCGGUCUCUGUCACUGUCUGGCUUAUUUUUCCUUUCAUAUAUAUUUCGGUCAGGAGUGUUCAUGCCAGCAGUGCUCCCCCCCCCACGAGGCCGCCCCAGGCCUGGCGUCACCCCUGGCGUGGUGGCCAGAAGGAGAGGAUCUCCCCCCUGUGUAGUGCAGACCACCCACACCUGAAGCUUGCGGGAAAGGGACGGUUUGGUUGACAUUUCAAUAGUUUCUUUAGCACAGUUUUUCUAUUUUAUUUUAUUUUUUUAUUUUUUGACCCCCCCCCCCCCCGAAUCUAGGAGAGAAAAGUAUACGAAGAAGAGUCACAGAUCGCGAUGAGGCGCCAGCCCAGCCGGUGCUUGCACCGUCCUCCUCCAGGGGGCAGUGGCGGCCGACAUGUCUCUCUUUUUCUCUCUUCCAUUCUUAUAAUUAUUAUUAUUAUUAUUAUUAUUAUUCUAA